AUGGCUAACGACAGUGAAACCCGGAAGGGUGUGAUUGCGAGGAAUGGCCUGCCUGAUCUGUUAUUGGACUUCUGUGCUAAUUGUUGUCUGUCCACGAAGAACACCAUGUUUGAACAUAAGGGUGUUCAUACAGUAAGUGGAACCAGCCAGUGCCUCAUCUACCUUGAUAACCUGCUCGCCCAUACUGCCGAUUUCAAUGGCGUACUCAACAACCUGUACACUGUCUUUGUUGCAAUCCGGAAUCUGGCCUGGCGCAACUUUGAGGGAAGGGUUUUUGGCAAGUCCUGCAAGCGGCCGGACAUUGCGAAGACCCGCACCAAGCCCCAUCAGCCGCUAAGUGAUGGGCUGGUGGAGCUCGCCAUCCUGGUCGCCCACCACCAGCACGCCUGGGUCUGCCACCCGCCCCUGCUACAGACUGGAUUUUCGGAGGAAUAUGGAGACGGUGUGGGCACCCAGAGUCCGAGAGUGAAACGUCAGAGCCAGUGGUCCAGUCCAGGGCUGAAGGUGACAGAUUUCCAUAUACGCUGCAAAGUGGUGUCACGUUACGCCUUUACCACUGUGACCAGCUCUAUAUGGAACCAGCUAUCCAUCACCAAGGAGGCUGCCUUCGAAGUAAACCUCCCCGAUUCAGCCUUCAUCUCUAACUUCUCCAUUACCUCAAACAACAAAACGUACACUGCUCAGGUGACAGAAAGGGGCGUGGCCAAAAGGAUCUACGACGAAGCCAAAAGGAAGGGAAAGGCCGCUGGAUUGGUGGCCACCAAGGAACGAGAAACGGAGAAGUUCCGAGUGGUGGUGAGCAUCCCACCUGGGGCACGGACUUCAUUCUCCCUGUCCUAUGAGGAGCUGCUCUUUCGGCGCCUAGGCCACUAUGAGCUGACCUUGGGUCUGCGUCCCACACAACCUGUCCAGAACUUCAGCCUUGAGGUUACAGUGAUGGAGAGAACAGGCAUCAGUUUCAUCAAAGUUCUGCCGCUGCGGACCAGUCGGCUGAUGUCCAGUACCGUCCAAGGGGAUGAGGCCCCCCCAGCUGGGAUGGUUAUUGAGCAGACCUCUGGCUGUGCCCAAGUCCGCUACAGUCCCACCUGGCAGCAGCAGACCAGCACCUCCCCAAAGGGCCUUAAUGGGGAUUUUAUCCUGCAGUAUGAUGUGGAGCUCAAUGAUCUGAUGGGGGACGUCCAGAUUCAUGAUGGAUAUUUUGUGCAUUAUUUUGCACCCAGAAAACUUCCUGUUGUACCCAAGAAUGUCAUUUUUGCCAUUGACGUUAGUGGCUCCAUGAUUGGCACCAAAAUUAAGCAGACAAAACAAGCAAUGGCCACAAUCCUCAGCGAGCUGCGGGAGGAUGACUUCUUCAACAUAAUCACAUUCUCUGACACAAUCCGUAUCUGGAAGAAUGGAGGAACUGUGAAGGCUAUUCUGAGCAAUGUGCAUGAUGCACAAGAGUUUGUCAAGAAGAUCACUGCUGAGGGAUGGACAGACAUAAAUUCUGCCCUACUAUCUGCGGGCCAACUGGUGAAAUCAAUGACCCAAAAUUCAACACGGCGGAUCCCCCUGGUCAUCUUCCUAACCGAUGGAGAAGCCACCACUGGUGUGACGUCAAGUGAGAUGAUCUUGCGUAACGCUCGGAAAGCCCUGGGCUCUGCCUCCCUUUUCGGCCUGGCCUUCGGGGACGACGCAGACUUUGCGCUACUCCGACGACUUGCCCUGGAAAACCGUGGGGUGGCUCGGAUGGUAUAUGAGGACUCAGAUGCUGCUCUGCAGCUCAAGGGAUUUUAUGAUGAGGUGGCCAGCCCACUGUUGUCCGAUAUCCAACUCUCCUAUUUGGAUGACCAGGCUUUUGAUGUAACCCGCUCGCUGUUCCCCAACUACUUUCAGGGUUCUGAGCUUGUGGUAACUGGCAGAAUUAAACCAGGGGCCCAAGACCUUAAAGUCUUCCUCAGUGCAGAGGAUUCGAAACAGAUUCUGAAAUUAGAGAACAUUGUGCCCACGUUUAGUUCUGAGAGUAAUGUUACUGCAUCACCCUUGGGCUGCCAGGGGGACAUGAACGGCGCAUUGAGCUUUGUGCAGCGCCUUUGGGCCUAUUUCACCAUCAAGGAGCUUCUGCGGGCCAAACUGAAUAGCACCGACCCAGCUGCACAGCGCCUCCUGGCUGAGAAGGCCACCAACCUCUCACUCAAGUACAACUUUGUCACUCCUGUCACAUCCCUGGUUGUGGUCAAGCCAGAUGCCAAUGAAGGCCCCGUUAACUUCAAUGUUUCCUCUUCAAAUACUACAGCUACACUUCCCAUCACCAUUACCACUAACGGACCCAGUACAUCUCCAAACUCCCAAACCCAUACUCCUCCUACGGUCCCUAGGAUGCCUGUUUCCAAUGUAACAGUCACUAAGAAGCCCAACUUGAAUUCUAGCCGCAAAGAAGUCAAACCCAAUAUUGGUCUACCUGGGAAACCUUUGCCGUCUUGGCUACACAACACAAGUCGACCCACACAACUCCCACAGGGCAGGAAGCUCACGAGUCCAUCAACCCCUGAAAGAACAAAUCCAUCUGUGAAAACCAGUCUUCUCAAAACUGCAUAUCCACACUGCUGUGGGAAAAAUUCUACUCCAACACCGCCCUCCAGAAUAAUGCAUCCAGUGCAUCCUGGAAAAGUCAUUGUGUCUCCUCCAGACUCUGAGAAAGAUACCAGUGAGCCCAGUGCUGACCCUAAAGCCCCAAUCAUACCUACUCACUUCCAUAGCUUAGUGUCUGCACUGCCCAUUUUCACUGAUGCCCCCAGCACUGAUACUGGAGGAGACACUGAAAAUGCCACUCUGGUAGCUGCCACCUUUGUACCCAUGCCAGGUGUCACAGAGGUGCCAAAGCUGGUGGAAUAUGAGCUGCUGGAUGUUCCUGUCCUCAAACUGGCUAAAAAGAAAGAUAUGGACCAUGUGGAAGCUUAUGAGUACCAAUAUUAUGCUAGCGAAGUUAAUGAUAUUGCUCAUGUGGCAGAUUAUGAGUACUUAUAUUAUGACAGCGAACUUGAAGCCUCUAGCAGCCUGAGCCGUGGGACACUUUUCUCCUCUUCCGUGGAUGGAGACCCUCACUUCAUUGUUCAGCUCCCCAGGCUCAAUCACAGCCUGUGCUUCACCAUAGAUGGCCGAGCCAAUGAUGUUCUGAGGUUGCUAGAAGACCCAGAGAAAGGUGUCAUAGUGGAUGGACGAUUGAUGUGGGCUCCACCCAAACUGGGCUCUGAGGACCGUUCCAGAACCUAUUUUGACCAGCUGAAGUUCUCCAAGCCUGUGGGAUCGGCAGGUGGCUUGGUGGUUACAGUGACCAUGGACUUAGUGGUGGUAGAGGGGGAAGGCCGUGAAGCUCUGCGCACUGAUCAGCCCGGCUCCGUGCUGAGACGGGGUCUGAGAGUCACCGUGGACGCCAACCUGCGAUGUUGGGUAGUGCUGGGACGUGGCCUGCGCUUCCUCGUGCUCCGCCAUCAUUACAAACACCCCACCUACCUUCAAAUGGCACAUCUGGGGUUUUACCUUGUGGACGGUCAGGGCCUGUCACCCCGUACACAGGGACUACUCGGUCAGUUCCAGUAUGCACAUGUGGAGCUGGUGGGACCCACAGAUGCCCAGGGUGCUGAGGCAUGGCAGCACAAUACCGCCAGGCUGCGGAUGGGGGCAUCUUGGAUCAGCGUCUCCCUUCAGGACAAGACUCUAAAGGACUCCUUGAGUAAACAACAUUUGGACAUGUGCUGGGUGGUGGCCAGGGUGGAUGUGGAGAAACUUCUGGGACACUCCUACAGUAGCUAUGUGGUCAACCAACUCUGAAGCCCUACUUCACACUACUCCUAUCACAAUCACCAACAACAGUUUCAUGGCAAGAUUGCAAGAGAGGGGAAAUCUUUAUUUUUUGGGAAACGCCAAAAAGGACAAAUGUGAGAUGGCAUAAAAAAAUUAGUAGUGACCAAGUUUUGGACCAAGUGCGUGUGUGGGCCUUUGAAACACAUGGUUGCUAUCAAAACAAAGCAUAGAUUUAUGAUGACUUGCACAUACUACUAAAGUUUAAAUUAAGUAAAUGUAUGUAAAAAAAAAAUUGGGAGCACCACGCUACCUAGUGUGCGUUGCACUAUCGUUGCAACGGGAAAGCACUGUACUGCGUGACAGCACAAUCAUCCCCGCCUUGGAUACAUUCCUAGUCUCAUUUUUAAAAGUCAGUGCGAUUAUAACAUUCCUACAUGUGAACAUUUCGAUGCAUGACCUGUCUGUCGGAAUGGUAUCCAGUCCUCAGUCAGGGACAAUCUGUACUGCUCUGCAAAGGCAAAACACAGUAAUUGUGUAAUUUAUAAAAGUUAUGACCCUUUUGGUCUCUUAGGCUUCAUUUUAUCUAAAAAAUAUCUUAGUUCAGCCAUGCUCAGUUGUGAAAAAUAAAAAUCAUCAUUCAUCUACCUACUGCACAUAUGGCUGGACAGUUAAAGAAAAAACUUUGAAACCCCUUUUCUGUUUCAGUGUCAGUGUAGUUACUGUGUUUUGCCUUUGAAGGAAAGUAUGAGUUCAGAUAAAGUCAAUGGCUUUUCUCCUGGAAACUGCUUGCUUGUCAGCUAUGAACACCUGUAUAUUCUGUAUUUUCAUGUUCCUCAACAUCCACCAAGAUAUUCGGUUUUUCACAUGUUCUCUGUAUUUGUUUAAUAAUAUUUCUUUCUAGUUUCAAACAAAAUACAAAUUGCAAAGGGCCUCUACAAUACUGAAUUACUAUGCUGUAUGUUUUCUGAGAACAUCCCCAAGCUGUUUGACUUGAUUUGAGUAUUUAAGUGUGUAUAUUGAUAUUAUAUUUUAGUAUACAGUAUUUCUAUAUUGCAUGUCCAGUUCUGGGUCGCAGGGGUCUGGGGACUAUCCUGGAAGCAGCGGGCCCUGGUACACACACCAUUCACACACACCAUUCACACACACAUUCACACACACCAUUCACACACACCAUUCACACAUCAUUCACACACCAUUCACACACACCAUUCACACACACAUUCACACCUACUGUAUAGACAAUCUGUCAAUUCCAAUUCACCUUAGCAUGUGAGGGAAAACCGGAGAACCUGGAGGAAACCCUACAACAGCACGGGGAGAUCAUGCAAACUCCACACACAUAGAGCCGGGGCAGGGAAUCAGACCCUGGUCUCCAGAUAUUUAAGGUUGUAAAUAUAUUUCCCUUUAUAAAAUGUUCAUUCUGGAUGUAUCAUAAUUGUCAACACCAUGAACACAGUUUCCUUUCCUACUUCUCAAAACACCAUUUAACACAAUAUCUUGUAAAGUCACUGCAGCACUUUCAGUUUGCCGUGUGCCAUCUUUUAUUUAUUUGUAGUUCAUUUGUUGCACAAGAUAUUAUGUACUGUUUACAUAUUAGUGUUCCAAUUAAGACCACAAGCCAGGUAAUCGACAGCAUAAUAAAUACGGUAAGUUACAACAGAUCUAAA